AUGGUUUGGAGGUACGGAAUGCACGCUAAAGUGCUUACGCCCUUUCGCAAAAUUGGUGCUUUUAACGCUCGAAGAGCGCAAUCGCUGAUGGAUGUGGAAACGAACGUUGUGACUGUGCCCCAACGAGCAACGACUUACGUAUUCGGAGACAUUCACGGCCAGUUUUACGACCUUAUGCAAUUAAUGGACGAUGUUGAUGUUACCACGUUAGCAAAACGUGAUGUCCAGCUGGUUUUCCUCGGUGAUUAUGUGGACCGCGGCGCAUUUUCAUGUGAAGUCAUUUUAUAUCUGCUCUUGCUGAAACUUCGUUUUUCUGACAAAGUAGUCUUGCUGCGUGGCAAUCACGAAUGUGAAUCCAUUUCCUCUUUCUACGGAUUUCGCAACGAAUGUCGAGUCAAGUACGGCAUCUCCGCGUACUAUCACUUUUUGUCUUGUUUCCAGUCAAUGCCCAUUGCUGCCUUGUUAUCGAUGUCACGUGGUAAAGUCUUUUGUGUUCACGGUGGCCUAUCACCUAAGCUGAAAACAAUUGACGAAAUUCAAGUCAUUGAUCGACGUCGAGAAAUUCCGACGACUGGACUAUUCUGUGAUCUUUUGUGGGCAGAUCCAGCGACUGUCAGUCAGAACGUUGACGAGAAAGUAGUCAUUGAACCAAUGUGGGAACCAAAUCAGACUCGAGGGUGUUCCUACUACUUCAAUGCUGCGGCAACAUUUGAGUUUUUAACGUGUAAUAAUCUGUUGUCAUUCAUACGGGCACAUGAAUAUGAAGAUGAAGGUUACAAAUUUCACUACAAUGAUGAGAUGUACCAAACACUCGACACUCGAGGUAAUAAAUCCAUGCCGCCGCUUAUCACUGUCUUCUCGGCACCGAAUUAUUGUGAUAGUUAUGGAAACACGGCCGCAUACUUACUCUUCAAGGACGAACCAUGGUCGUGGGAUAUUCAGCAACUCGUCUCGGCUGGACAUCCAGCACCACCGAUUCCAAGUGCUGAACGAGGUUUGGACAUGUGGCGAUUAUUUAAUCAGACACUGCCUUUUCUUCCGGCAAGCAAGGAGUUUUUUGAAGAAGUUUUAUGCUUGGCGGAGGGAUUGAAAGUUCAGUCGGGUAAGCUUAAUAAGCAAAGAUAUCGAAAGAAUGAUGGUGCAGUGGUGGGAGAGGAAAACGACAAUCCAGCAGAUCGAAGACGGCGUUUGACAAGCGAAAUGCACCCACAAGCACUUCGAAAAGUGCUGGAUGAUGAAGGAAUAAAAUGGAAAUCGGUCAAGGAAAACUCAACAAGUGCAGCACCAUCUCGAAUCCAUCGAAAUCUAGCGAUAACCAAUAUGGAAAUCCCUGAAGUUGACGAGCGUUCAAAUCUGCUUACUUUGCAAGAACUUGACACAGUGAAGUUAAUGUUUUCGUUAAUGGACACAGAUGGCAGUCUACAAUUAAACUCAAGAAAAGUGUCACAAUUUAUACUCAAUAUUUUAGGCGAAAGAAUUGAUAUGUCAGACGCAGAUGCAUACCUGAAAGCUCUGGAUUACGACAAAAACGGCGUGGUGGACUUUGCAGAUAUCCUUUCCUGGGUGGCAGUGAUAAAGGCGAAUCACAAUAAUUGUGACUUCAACAGUAGUCUAGUAGGUUGGGCAUCAGUGCAAAAUGGUAUACGGACAUUGGCGCAGAAAGUUAAACUCGGCAACCUGCUGUUAUGGUUGACGUGUGGAUGUCUACUUUGGGACAGUUUUGCCCCAAAACAGCAAAAAUUUAUCAAGUCGUCUUCAGUCCGACUGCUUGGCUCAGCUUCUCUCGUGCUGUACGCGAUAAAUAUUUUGUCUGGAAAACGCGAACAUGUUUAG